AUGGCCAAUGAUUUGUCUUCAGGUGUUCAAUCAUUCGAGCUCGAACACGAUCCCCACAUUCUUGUAAAUGUUUCCGACCAAGAAACCUUUUACUCUUCCUCGUACCAGAAUCCUAUAGCGAACGCUUGCCAUGUCAAUGACGCGACUCAAUUAUUUGCAUGCAAAAUGGAAGCACCAGUGGCACCGCGUGAGGAGCACGCGCCUCCGAAGUGGAAGCACUUCCGAGGAGUGAGGAGGCGGCCGUGGGGGAAGUUCGCGGCAGAGAUAUGGGAUCCGAAGAGAAAACAUGGAAGGGUAUGGCUGGGAACGUAUGAGACUGAAGAGGAAGCAGGUUUGGCUUAUGAUAGGGCUGCUUUCAAGAUGAGAGGUAGCAAAGCAAAGUUGAAUUUUCCACACUUGAUUGGAUCCCACGCGCCGCCGGAGAGAGUGGGAGUGGCGGGUGUGGCUCGGAAGCCGAACCUGCCGGAGGCUCGUUUGCCACCUUUGUCUGCGGCGGAGGAUGGUUCACAGCCACAAGGGUUAAAGAAGAGGAGAAACCUAGCUGAUUUGCUUAAUAGGUUAGCCAAGAAUAGAAGUCAAGUAUGUAUGUAUGUAUGA